CCCGACUGAGACGCAAUGUUGACACCGACAAACCGGGCGGCGAUCCUGCCGCAGUCGCCUGCAUUGCGCCGCAAGACAGCAAUACAGCGGUUAUAACUCGCCAUGCAGCGAGCGCCUCAGCCUCCCCCCACCCACCUCGCGCCAGCGCCAUGCCCCCGACCAUCUCGCCGCGCGGCAAGGCCGCCCUCGACGACGCGCUCGUUGCCGCCGUCGCUGACCCCCUCAUCCCGGCACAGUUCUGGGGGGUGACCACUGCCCAGGGGCCUAUCUACUUCAACUGCGGGGGCGAGCGGGUGCUACACGAGCCGGAGAAGGGCGUGGUCAACGAGGACACAAUGCUCCAGCUGUGGUCGAUGACCAAGCUCGUCACGUCCGUCGCGUGCCUUCAGCUCGUGGACCGCGGUGUGCUGUCCCUCGACGACGAGGAGCUCGUGGGGGCCCACCUCCCAGAGCUGGCGGCACAGCGCAUCCUCACGGGAUACUCUGACGCCGGGGAGGAGCUCUGGGCCGACCGCACCGAGCCCAUCACGCUGCGCCACCUCCUCAGCCACACCUCGGGCAUCUCGUACCCCGAGAUGCCGCCCACCAUCUCCCGGUGGCAGAAGGAGCACAACCACCCGUGGUACUUUGCCCCCAAUGGCGGCGUGAAGGCCUUCACCGUCCCGCUCGAGUUUGAGCCUGGCGUACGGUGGUCCUACGGGCUGGGUAUCGACUGGGCCGGCUUCCUCGUCGAGCGGGUCACGGGGGUCACGCUGGGCACCUACUUCCAGGAGCACAUCUUCGCUCCGCUGGGCAUCACCUCGCUCACUUUCACGCCUACCCCCGAGGUUCACGAGCGGCUGAUGAAGGAGACGUGGCGCGACGCUGCGGGCAACCUUAUCCAAGCUGACCCCGACACCCGCCUCCUCGACCCCGCGACAAUCAAGCUCGACUCUGGCGGCGCCGGGUUGCUCGGCACAGCGAAGGACUACCUCCGCUUCCUUCAGGGCGUGCUCGCAUCCCAGUCCCCCGGUGGGAUCAUCUCCCCGGCAAGCUUCGCGCUGCUGUUCACCAACACCCUCCCAGCGGACCGCAGCGCGCGGCACUACGCCGACAUGCAGGCGUUCAUGGGCGAGUGGGGCACGUACGACUUCACAGCCGACCUCGGGUUCUCGGUAGCGCUGGCCGUCAACGCGAAGGACGCGAAGAGCGGCCGCAGGGCCGGCAGCGGCGCAUGGGGCGGUAUGGCCAAGACGGACUUCUGGAUCGACCCGGCCUCAGGCAUUGCGGGAUUCUGCGGCACCCAGCUCGUCGGGGGCGAGGUCAACCCCGACCCCUUUGCGGGCGUGUAUGCCGCCUUUGAGCGGCAAGUGUACGACGCGCUAGAGUAG